UAACUAGUUCAGUCCGCUAGCAGUCCUCCUUCAGCCAAGUCUGUCGACAAAGAGGAGGGAAAAACAUGCCAACAAACUACCCCUGACCGUCAAAACGGACUAAAAUAAUGAACUUUUAUCGCUUGGCUCUUUUGGCGGCAGCUUUGGCCUGCGUGUGUAAUGGCGUGCAUGUCACGGUGCGUGAGAAGCAGCAGUUCGCCAUGCUCUUCCAGUCGGUGGUCCUCCCGUGUCAUUACCAGACGGCCUCCACCCAGACCCCGGUAGUGCAGUGGUGGUACAAGUCCUACUGCAGGGACCGCACCCGGGAGUCCUUCAGCCUGCCGGAGAGCCGUGACGUCCAGGCCUCGGAGCGGGGCGCCAGGUCCCAGAUGGACUGCUCGGACAGCAGCCGCACGGUCCGGGUGGUGGCUUCGGCGCAAGGAGCCUCCCUGACGCUGGCGGAGCACUAUAAGAACAGAGACAUCGCCAUAAUAAAUAAAGCAGACCUGCGGAUCGGCGAGCUGCAGUGGGGCGACAGCGGGGUUUAUUACUGCAACGUGGUCAUUGCCGACGACGUGGAGGGCAAGAACGAGGCCCAUCUGGAGUUGCUGGUGCUGGGCAGGACAACUCAGAAGGACGAUAUUCUACCUGAGUUUGAUGUGGAGAUCAUGCCAGAGUGGGCGUUUGUCGGCUGUGUGGCUGCGGGCAGCUUCUUGUUUCUGGUACUGUUGGGCAUCUGCUGGUGCCAGUGUUGCCCUCACUCCUGCUGCUGCUACGUGCGAUGCUGCUGCUGCCCCGAGACCUGCUGCUGCCCGCAACACCUAUACGAGGCAGGGAAGAAGGCCAAGCCUGCCCCGCCUGCUCCGGUCCCCGUGUACCCCUAUUACAUUCCUGGAGUUCCCGCCGUGAUGCCUCUCACUCCUUCAUCCCACACGGACCCGAAGGUGGUCUCUGCCCCCUCUGUGGAAAAUAACCUUGCUGGAGUUCGCAGUGGUUACCGCCUGAAAGCCAGUCAGGACCAGGACUCACUGAAAGUUCUGUACUACAUAGAAAAGGAGCUGGCUCAGGUGCCCUCCGCCAAGCUGGCUGCACUCCGACCCAGUAGCCUAUCAGAGCUCAGCUCUCUCCACGAGGGAGGAAACACAGAUUUCAGACACACCUACCAGACCGUCCAGAUGAAGGCGUUGCCUCCCAUCGCCGACACCGAUGACCACUCGAUGCUGAGAGCGGCCCCGCCCACCCGGAGUCGCAGACAGAGACUCCGGGAACGCAACAACCACUCGGACGAUGAGCUGGACAGAAGGUGGAAUGCUCGCUCAGAGCACCUCCAAAGACAGACUCUGAGCAAAAGGGGUCGCACUGGCUCGCUGGACGAGCUGGAGGAAUUCGCCCGCUCAUACGGUUCCCGUAGGCGCCGCCCUGAGCCGCCGGACAUUCGUGAUUGCAGCCCUCCGAGGCGUUUCUAUAGAGACGAGGACGACGGCUGGGCUCGUCGCAGCCCCUCACCUUUGCCACAGAAGAGAAGGGGUACGUGGGACAGCGAGCUCGCCUCCCGACCUUCCUGUCCGCAAGAUUACGACAACGUCUUCCUCAACCACGCACUGGCGAGCAAAGCGAGGGGGCCCAGCGGGGACAGGGGCAGGACGGAUGAGGACAGUGACACCCCCUCCAAAGGUAGCUCCAGGGGCAAGGGCAGCAGCUACUACAGCCGCUCGCCAAGCAACCGUCCAGAAGACGAGGACCCUUUGCCGCCCUACUCGGAGAGGGAGGCAGAGCGGUACCGCAGGGCCGGCCCUACCCCAGACUGGUACCACUCUGGAGAAUCUGGCAGAACAGAGCAGUACGAUGCCUCAGAGCCCGGCCUGAGGCCUUUCUCAUACACGCGACCCCAGCAGGGGAUGACCCUCCCACUGCAGGGUGGCAGAGAGGAGGCAGACAGGAGACGCAAUCUGAGCACAGCACUGAGCAGGGAUUCUCUGCUCGUGUGACGAGCUGCACGACCACUGGGUUGUUUUGCUUCACGCCGUCCUCAUCCGCCGCACUGACUCCGCUCUCUUAACUGCACUACAAACUUUUCAGAACAUUACUGCAAUUAUGAAUGAGUUGUACAGUAUGUGUUCGUACCACUUGGAUGACAAUGAAAGGACUUUUGCCAGUGCCAAGAAGUUUGUGUACCGUCUGCCGCUUCACUUGUGUAACACUGUUACAGUCUUAUUAUCACAACAAUGCAACUCAGGUUCAUUUUAUAUUUGUCCCUUUUGUAUAUCUACAGUACUGUAUAUGUAAACACUGAAGCUUAAAUGUUGUUUUGCUGAAUUUAUUUGUACUCCUUAAAUAAAAAGAAUGAACCGGAAAGGUUUCCAGUUUGU